AUGCUACGGCAUGCACCGGCAAACCAGUCUGUGGUCGUGUCUCCAAUUUCAGUAAUCUUCGCUUUGGCUAUGGUACAAGCAGGCGCACGAGGAACAACGAAAUCACAAAUCAAUUCUGUAAUUUCAAAGGGAGAGUCAGACAGCGAGAUUGAAGAACACUACUCUGAGCUUUCCAGACAAAUUAUGAACGCAACGAAUGACGUCAAAAGUAGAAUAGCAAAUGGGUUUUUCUUGAACAAUCAGUUUAAAAUCGAAAAAGACUAUGAGCAAACCAUAAAAGAGAAAUUUGACGCUGAAGUGAAACCUUUAGAUUUUGAAAAAACUGGCGACGCUGUAGAGGUUACUUUAGUCCAUUCCAUUUUCUAA